CCUCUCCGUUUUUCGUCUGGAGAUCCCACCUCCUUCCUUCUCUGGGACUCCGGCGCUUGGCUCGGUUGCUCAGCAACCUCCUCCGGCGUCCCUAUCAACCGGAGCCAUGUCGGAGGAGGAGGAGGCGGUGGCGGAGGGCGAAGAGAUCGUUCGGAGCCAGAGGGUCUUUCUGAACCACUUGGUCACCUACGGGGGCAGCAACAUCGGGAAGUAUUUAUCCAGUUGUAUUGUUGGAGCCUCUCUGGAAGAAGUACCAGAGGAAGAGGAGGAAGAAGAUGAAGGGCGAUCAGCUGAAGUUUUACCUUCUAAACCAAGGGAAGGAAUAUACCAAGUGGUGGGAACUCUUUCACAGGAAGAGAGUAAAAAACCAGAUUUUGCUCAAGAAGCAUUUACAGCACCCUCUCAAGAAGAGCUUCUAGCUCGCCUGUUAGAGUGCGACAUCAUUAUUUAUAACAUCAGUGAAGAUGCGAAACAAAUUGAAGAAGCAAUCUGGGCAGCCACUGCACUGAAUGCUGAGGCGAAACAGUUUGAAAAGCAGAAAGUGUUCAUUCUACUAUCAACAAUAAUGACCUGGGCACGAAGCAAGCCUCUUGAUCCAGAAGAUCCAGAAAUACCUUUUACUGAAGAAGACUAUCGCCGAAGGAAACCUCACCCUAACUUUAUAGAUCACAUUAAUGCUGAAAAAACUAUUAUCAAACUUGGCAAAACAGCAAAAAGCAAAUUUACUACAUAUGUAGUUGCUUCUGGUGUCCAGUAUGGAGCUGAAGAAAGAAUUUUACACUACUUUUUUAAGCUCUCUUGGCUCGGUGAGACUCCUGCAAUCCCAUUCUUUGGUGAUGGAAGAAAUUUUGUUCCAACCAUUCACAUUCUUGAUUUAGCAGCAGUGCUACAGAAUGUAGCUGAUCAUAGACCACGGACUCAUUACCUAAUUGCUGUGGAUGAAGCUAUACAAACACUGAGUGAACUAGUAAAGUGUAUCAGCAAGUAUGUUGGCCCAGGAAAAACACAGAAGGUUCCAAAAGAAAAUGCUUUCCUCAACAAAGAGUUAACACAAGCACAUUUGGAUGAAUUACUUGUGAAUCUGAGAAUGGAAGCUGUAUUCUUGAAAGAGAAUUUCAACAUUAGAUGGGUUGCUCAGUCAGGAAUGGUGGAGAAUAUCGAUCAAGUUGUCAAUGAGUAUAAGCAAAGCCGAGGAUUAUUGCCAGUCAAAAUUUGUGUACUUGGUCCUCCUGGAGUAGGAAAAACAUCAGUUUCAGAAAAACUGUGCAAACAUUACAAGGUGCACCACAUUAAAAUAAAGGAUGUGAUCACUAAAGCGAUAGAAAAUCUGGAGAAAAUUAUCGCUCCUAAAGAUGUAAUAGAGACUGAGGUGAAUCAGGAAGAGGAGGAGGAAGAGGAAGAAGAGACAGAAGAAGAAAUAGAUAAUGUAGAAGAAGCACAGGAAUUAUUAGAUGCAAUUAAAGAAAACAUGGAGCAAAAUUCAGGUCGCCUAGAUGAUAACUUUGUGAUUAGGUUUAUGAAGGAAAUGCUAAUGUCUAUGCCUUGUAAGAAUCAAGGGUAUGUUUUGGACGGAUUUCCAAAAACUUAUGACCUGGCAAAAGAUCUUUUUAACCUUGAAGAGGAGGAAGAAGAGGAAGACAUGAGAGGCAAAAUGCAUCACUAUGACAAAGUAAUAACUCCUGACCAUAUUAUUUCCUUGAAUGCCUCCGAUGAUUUCCUGAAAAACCGAAUCAUGAAUCUCCCUGAAUCUGUUGUUGCUGGAACUCAUUAUGCUCAGGACCGGUAUUUGAGAGCACUGAGUCUUUUCAGGGACUUAAACACUGAAGAUGAAACAGUUCUCAACUAUUUUGAUGAACUAGAAAUACAUCCACAGUUUAUUGAUGUCUCAAAGUUUGAGGAUGUGGAGAACAGACUUAUAGUGAAAGAAAUAAUCAAGACCAUUGGUGAACCUCGAAAUUAUGGCUUGACUGAUGAAGAAAGGGAAGAAUUUGAACGAAAACAAGCAGAAGAACGUCUUGCUAGAGAAGCUAAGGAGAAGACUGAACUGGAGCAAAAAGAAGCUGAAGAAAGGGCUCAAAAGUUAGCCAACUGGGAAGAGUGGAAUACCCGUUUAGAGGAAGUGAAGCGGCAGGAACAAGAGCUUCUGGAAGCUCAGUCCAUUCCUUUGAGAAACUAUUUAAUGAAGCAUGUCAUGCCAACUCUUAUGGAAGGGCUGAAUCAAUGCUGCAUGGUUAGGCCAGAUGAUCCUGUGGACUUUCUGGCAGAAUAUCUCUUCAAGAAUAAUCCUGAAUUUGAAUAAGAAACAUAGAACCUUAUUGUGUUAUUCACAGCUAUACCAUAUUACACUUUGUAAUAAAUUAUUAUUGAAAAAUAGUGUUAAGGUGUUGGAAUAAAACAUUUCACGCUACUUCACAA